AUGCCCUCUGAUUUCUCCAGGUAUGGCGUAAGCCCCGAGAACAUCAUCCUCUAUGGUCAGAGCAUCGGGACUGUCCCCACGGUAGACCUGGCCUCCAGGUACGAGUGUGCAGCCGUAAUUCUCCAUUCGCCUCUGAUGUCUGGAUUGCGCGUGGCUUUUCCCGAUACCAGGAAAACGUACUGCUUUGAUGCUUUCCCCAGCAUUGACAAGAUAUCUAAAGUUACCUCUCCCGUGUUGGUCAUUCAUGGUACAGAGGACGAGGUCAUCGAUUUCUCCCAUGGCUUGGCCAUGUACGAGCGCUGUCCCCGGGCCGUGGAGCCCCUCUGGGUCGAAGGGGCUGGCCAUAAUGACAUAGAGCUUUAUGCACAAUACCUAGAAAGGCUAAAACAGUUCAUAUCUCACGAACUUCCUAAUUCCUGAAGAAGAUGACUUGAUUUUACCUCAUCUACUGUGAACACAAGAAUCCUCGGUUUUGCACAUGCUUUAACUGGAUAGCUGGCAUGGUGGGAUGACCACGAGGAAGUGCCCAGCUUUUCAGGCAUCCUACUCAAAGAGCUGAGGGCAUCUCGGUCUUUCAUAUCCAGAGGUUCUACUAACUCACACAUCAUGUUAAACUGAACAGUUGUGAUUCCCAGCUUCAUCGCCUUGCAGAAUGGGAAUGAGAGCUGAGUGGGAGGACCGUUUUCUCCUGCUAUAAAAGAUGCUCACACCCCUUUCUAUUCCUUACCCACCACGUAGGAUUCAUUUAUGCAGGACUCAGCCUCUCUCCACCCGUGUUCUCAGUAUGUGAGCUGCAGCUCUCUUUCAGCCACUAGAUUCAUGGGUCCAAAUCCAUUUGUGAAGCUGUGAUAGUGUAACUGGAAACCAUCGUGAUGAAAAUUGCUUCAUUAAUUUUUGUUAACACUCCGAUCUUUCCCCCAAACAAAUCAGUUAAAGGGUAAUUUACUGGAACUAUCAUGAACGGCUUCAUCAACUGGAACCAUAUGAAUAUAACUGGAAUAUUCUUAAAAGGAAACUGGGUUUUUUUUUAAGUGUAAAUUUAUUACUAGUCCACAGAGUUUUAAUAUUUUGAUCGUCUGGUUGGUCUAACAAAGAACCUAGCCGACUUACCUUCUGUAAAGUCCUCCUUGUAGGCUUUUUUAAAGUACUGUACCUAUAUGCAAUUACAUUGUGCAUAGAUUCUUAAUGGAUAGUUUUCUUUUGUCAGGCUACAACAAUGAACUGCAGAUUCCUUGUUUGUAAUGUAAAUGAUUGAAUACAUUUUGUUAAUACGUUUUUAUUCCUAUGUUUUGCUAUUAAAAAUUUUAUAACAUUUCCAAAAAAUUACAAGUUUAUGCUUUGAAAAAUUUAUGUAAUUAAAAUUUCACUAAACUAAUCCUUUUAGUUUAGGAGUUAUUUGGGUUUUGACGCUGGAGUUGCGCCAGUAAGCAUCAGAAGUGUAAGAUGCUUAAAAUUGCUACACUACUUGUGUUGGUUGGGGGUUUGGGUUUGAGGGUUCAUUGGUUUUAUUAAAAAAAAAUUUUUUUCCCAAAUUUAAAAGCCUUAAAUGUACUGUAAGCCUCAGAUUGUUGUACAGCUGGAUUGCGGUUGAUUGCCAGUUUGUGUACUGUUGCUUGGAUGCGACACAGCGGUUGUUCAUGGAAUAAAGGAUGCAUGGAUCAGAA